AUGGCUGCGUCCGUUUUACCACAAAACAGUACUUUAAUUUCGACAACGAAAAAACAGGUGCCACUUGUUCAUGUUUUAACGUCAAAAACAUCUGAAGAUGGCGAACAGGUUAAUCGAAAUGAACCGUUCAAUUAUGAAAAGGCGAUCAAAUUUCUCACUGACCCACAUUCGAUUCUGAAAGAUUUGCAUUAUUUGAUGAAAUUAUUCAACGCACUUGCAGAAAAAUGUCAGGAUCAACCAUUGUAUAUUGAAGCAUUGUGUAUGAUAAUUCAACAUUGUUCAAAACCAUUUCUUUUGGACAAAUCGACCGAUGCCAAUAUUUACGAGACUCCGUUAGCAGCAUUCUAUUCAGAUUUUGGAUAUUUAUUGAGAAUUCCAAUUAAACGUGUUCAAAAAUGUAUUCUCGAUACAUUAUAUCAAUCGAUUCAUACCAAAAAAACAAAAGCACAAGAGCAAAAGUCAUUGACAAUAUCUUACGAUGAAAUGAGACCAACAACACCAGAUUAUAUUCUCAAAAUUCAAAGAGCUAGUGAUCUUUGUGAAACACUUGUUAAAACAAUGGUUUUAGUGGAAAACGAUUUGGGUUUACGAAUACAAAUAUUGAAGUUAUUACAGAUAUUAUCAGAUAAAACAGGAAUGAAUGAUCCAGAUCCAUCUGGAGAACUAUUAUUUCGUACAAUCGAAUUAUUAUGGAAUAUGUUAGAAUAUGGUGAUGAAGAAGUAAUUAGUGAUCAAUUAGAUUCACGAGUAACAAUAACCCGUUUACAAGAAGCAUUUCUUGGUCAAGUAACUCAGAGUUAUAGUCGUUAUCAUUGUCAAUGUCGUAAUGAUAUAUUGGUUGUUUGCUCUCUAAUUAUAAGUAUAAAACCCGAUGCUCCAUUUGUUGAAACUUCAUUUGCUAAACAACUUUUACUGUUUGCAUCUUAUCCAGAAUUGAGAAGUAAUAAUCCAUUAGUUAAAAAUUUUAAAUUAACAUCAUCUCAUGAGGAUUUUGAAUUUAAAAAGCUAUUAUUCAAUACUAUUGUUGUUCUAAGUAGAAAUUCUGUAAUGAAUGAGUUAAUGAUUGAAAGUCGUGUAUUAUUAGCAUUUUUAUCAUAUGUUGAACCACUUCCUCGUACAGCACAACAAAAUGUUCAUGAAUGGACACCAUCUCAACUUGAAGAACUUCAAUUACAUGCUUUAGCAGCAUUAUGUACACUAUUACCAUGUUCAAUGCAAGAAUAUUUUGAAUAUCAUGUUGGAACACGUUUACUACUAUUUUAUGAAUGGUGUAUUAAUGACAAAGAUGAUUAUCAAAGUCAAGGAAAUAGUUUUUUUGGAAAAGGUGGAAGAAAUAAUAAACGUUCACAAUUACGUUAUGUAUUGAGAUUAUUUCGAAGUCUUGUUUCUACACGUGAAGAACGUGUCCAUCAAGAUUUAAGUGAUCAAGGAAUAAUACCAUCAUUAACGAGUUAUUUACGAAAAAUUUCUCAACGAGAAGUAACAAAUAUUGAUUAUGUUAUUUUGGAUGUUCUUUGCGAUGCUUUAUUCAUAUUAAGUUCAUUGUGUGAAUUGGAUGUUCAUAGAAAAGAAAUAUUUGGUUCUGAAGGUAUUGAAAUGCUUAUACAAAUAUUAUUAAUUGAUUCAUCAUUGAUAUGUGGUGGUCUGGGUUAUCAUCGACUAUUAGUGGCUGCUACUGAUUGUGUUUGGUGUUGUAUUGUUGGAAGUGUUAUUAAUGAAGAUGAAUUUAUUCAAAAACAAGGCAUAUUUGCAUUACUUGAUUUAAUUGAGAAAAAUCCAAAAUCAUUACAAAAUCUAGUUUUAGGAUGUGUACUAGAUUUAGCCGAGAAUACAAAAUGUCUUCAUUUUAUAAUGGCAUGGAAAGGACAGAAUCAACAACAAUUUACACAUUUACUAUGUGAAUUAUGGAGAGAUGAAGAACGAGAAAUACGUGUUUCAAGAACAGAUAAGGGCGUAAUCAAUGAUCAUCAAAAACCAUUAAUGGGCGAAAUGCAACAAUCUCAAGAGAUAACGCCGUUACAAACGUGGGAACCGUCGAGAUCGGUCAUUGAUCUCAUCGAUAAUAUGAGAUCAAAAAUAUAUGGGUUUUUUUGUAAAUUAGGCUUUAGUGAACUACCCGGAUUAGUCGAAGAAGAUUUUGUCACAUUGUGUAUUAUUGAAAAUUUUCUUGAUUUUAAAAUGGGUGAAAUAUGGCAAGAAAUUGUUACUGAAUUGGAAAUUGAAGGUGUUCAAUUAGUAUCACCUGAUCGUGAAGCAACCGAUACCAUAUUGCGUGCAACAGAUGAACGUGGUCUAGCUGUUGCAGCCACACAAAACUUUAUCUUAGAACAGUAUCAUAAACAAAACUUACAACAAGAAAAAGAAUUUUAUGAACAGUUAAUAAAAAAUCAUGCACAUAAAGAAAAACGAUUAGAAGAUUGGAAGUCAUUUGUUGCUCGAACGUCGAAAUAUCCAUUGUUAAUGGCGGCCAAAGAUUAUCAGAAUCAAGCCAUACGUCAAUCAAGACCAGAAGAAAAAGAAAUGAGCACAUAUCAUACUGUUCAUAACUUAGAAAUACCAAAUUUAUCUGUUACAGCAUUUGCCGGUCCCUAUCUUGUAAUUGAUAGUACACCGGUCGAUAUUAUUGGAAAACAACGAAAUCAGAAUACAGCUAUAGAUACUGUAUGA